AUGCAUUCGUACGUGGCAAAUAUCGAACCAUCAUUCGCGGACGAGCCAGACGUGUACAGAACGAUCUUGGCCAUAACUGAGGACUUCAAGAACCGAGUUAUCGACGUCCCACAGCUCCUCCGGAGGGUGGCGCACCUGUACAAUGAACAUGAGCGAGUCGAGCUGCUCAAGGCAGUUGAUGUGCUGCUACCCGAUGGGUAUCCUUUCGACCUUGCGCCCGGAAACAGUGUCAAUGCGGCCCUGAUGACGGUUCCUCUGCGGCGGCUCAGAAGUUCCAUACUAGAGUGGGCGCACAAUGUAGAUCCACAUGAUGUGGAGCGCGACGUUGGAGUUCCUCAAGACGAGGAAUGGACGGUAGAGACGUCCUCGAAUGGGAACAACAAGGGGACUGCUCGGAGACUGCCAGAAACAGAGCCGGCCACAAAGCGCCGGCGGACCUCGUGA